AUGAAUAACCCAAAUUUUUCCUGUUCUUAUAUUCGCUAUUUCCAAAAGCUGACCAAAUUCGUCUACAUCAUCACUGCGACCAACUUUUGGUUCAAAGAUGUUAAAUUACCUAAUCGUUUUGUUAAAGUCUACGACUCUGUUUCAAAAUUUCUUGAAGCCAUCGUUAUCGCAUUCGUUAUUACCGGAUUUGGCGCCAGCUAUACUCAAAAAAACUUAUCAGAAAAGCAAAGCACUGAUAUACUGAUGAAGAGUGUUUCAAGCCUUUUUGUAUAUACCAUGUACGGCUGCGUUGUAUAUAACAAGAUAGAAAUUAGAGAACUUUUGUACUCAUUGACAGUAUCAUUAAAGGAGAUAUACAAUGAAGAAGUACAGAAGCAAAUGUUGAUGAAAAUUAAAAUGUACAUGGCGGGUCUCGUGUUUGUUGGGUGCUGUCCAAUGACUGCAUAUGGGGUAGAAGGAGCAUUUUACGCUUUAACGUCAAAUGUUACAUUCACAACGGUUAUUCCCAUUUGGCCCGAUUUAGAAGAUAGGAGUUUCUUUGCUGGCUUCGCCCGGAUCUUAAUCUACAUAGUUUGGUUACUGAUGGUUGCUCACGUUAUGGCUAUUUACAGUCUCAUUAUUUGUAUAUCCAUCUGCCUCGGAUAUCAAUACGCCAAUCUAUGCAAGUACUUUCUAGAUCUUAAUACCGUCUUUGACGGGGAAGGUAGCAUUGAAGAGAGGGAGAGAAGAUACGAAGAAGGCGUUAAAGUGGGAAUCAAAAUGCAUAAUAUUAUCUUAAGGUGUGUGAACCAAAUGCAAUCAUCGUGCAAAAUAGUCUACGGAGGGCAAAUUCUUCUGAACGUCUGCGUUAUGCUGCUGUUGAUGAUUCAGAUGAUGCAAAGUGAUCGCUCAUUGCCGCAACUGGCUCCAAUAGUGUCAAUGGCUAUGGGAGUGUUAGUAAGUUCCGGCUUGUUCAUAUGGAGUGCGGGCGACAUCACUGUUGAAGCUGGGCUGCUACCGAAUGCAAUGUUCCACUCAGGCUGGCACAACUGCAGAGGGCUGUCCUCUGUGCGUGUGCGGAAAUUGAUCACAUUUGCCAUGAAUGAAGCGCAGCACGUUGUGGUGAUGAAAGGUCUGGGUGUAAUCGAACUCUCUUACGACAGCUAUAUUGCGAUAGUAAAAUCAUCUUAUUCAGUAUUUUCAAUAAUUUACUGA